AUGUGCACCAAUCCUUCUCUGAUCACGCCCGUUCCCAAGAAGCGUCUGUCAGAUUGCAGCCAACCCCCUCUACUACAACCCCGACGCCCGAACUACCCAGAUUCAUUGGACAGCCUGCAAUCGUGCUCUGUUGCUGUUUGCGGGUUAUUAUUAGUUGGGCUGGCGAUUCCGAGCAAAGAAAAAGCUUACUUGCCUGGUUAA